UCAUCUCUUUACCUGCCACGUUCACAAACAGACAUCAUGACAAAAACAGAAGAACGAAAAUCCAAGGCAAAAUAUUACUACAACGUUUUCAGUACUCUUUGUCGAACCAUCCAAAACCAACAGAAAUGGAUCUUGAAGCAACAAAGAAUCUCUCAGAAUCUCACACAAUCGGAAACUACAUCCUGAAAUCAAAACUGGGUGAGAGCUCUUUUUCCACAGUAUGGAAAGCAGAGAACAAAAUAACAGGGGGGGAAGUGGCAGUGAAGCAAGUUUAUCUCUCUAAACUCAACAAGAAUUUGAGGAACUGCUUAGAUUGUGAGCUUAAUUUCUUGUCUUCUGUCAAUCACCCCAACAUCAUUCGCCUUCUUGAUGUCUUUGAGGAUGAUUGUUGCAUGUUCCUGGUCCUGGAGUUUUGUUCUGGAGGAAAUCUAGCUUCUUACCUUCAACAACAUGGGAGAGUUCAAGAGAAGAUUGCUAAAAGAUUUACGCAACAGAUGGGGGAUGGUUUGAAAAUUCUGCAGAGCCAUCAUAUCAUUCAUAGAGACUUGAAACCUGAGAACAUUCUCCUUUCUGGCAAGGAGAGCGAUGUGGUGCUCAAAAUAGCUGAUUUUGGUUUAUCGAGAAGGGUGCUUCCUGAUAACUAUGUAGAGACAGUAUGCGGAUCUCCAUUUUACAUGGCUCCAGAAGUUCUUCAAUUUCAAAGAUAUGAUUACAAGGUUGACAUGUGGAGUGUUGGUGUAAUUCUUUUUGAGCUUCUUAAUGGUUACCCACCUUUUCGUGGCAGGACUAAUUUCCAGUUGCUGCAGAACAUCAAGUCAAGUUCAUGUCUUCCUUUCUCUCAACACAUCCUUUCAGGGUUGCAUCCGGACUGUGUUGAUAUAUGCUCAAGACUUCUUUCUGCAAAUCCAGUUCAACGUCUGUCCUUUGAUGAAUUCUAUCAUCAUAAGUUCUUGAGAAGAAAAGGGGUGGGGAAGUAUCAUGAUAGCCCCCUGUGCUUUUGCUUCACUAUCAUAUCCCAGAUCAAAGUUAUAUAUAUCAUUUUACAAGGGAAGAGCGAUCUCUCUGUGCCAUCUGCUACAAGAUCAUAGCAAUGGUCCUGGAAUAUUUAUAGGUUGAAGAUUUAAAUGGCUGUGGAAUGCAGUUCAACUAAUUGAAGUGGUCUGUCUGAGUUUAUUUUUUUCGUUUUUUCCCUUGUUUCACCAUUUCUGUUGGCACACUGUGUGCUUGCUUGGUGUUACAUUUCCUUGGUAAUGCUCUAAUUAAAAAUGGCAUUUGUCGAGAAGUAUUUUGUGUAUUGUAACUAAUGAGUUUCAGUGCCUUUGGAGUGCAAAAGCUUGUUGAGCAGCAGUUCAUUGUGUAUACUCUCGUGUAUCAAGUCAUUGUAUAUAUACUACAUUUUUUUCCUGAAAA